GUGCCCCAAAAUCGCCAAGAAACAAGCCUGCAUGGCUUGAGGUAUUUACCGCCUGACCUCGCUUAAAAUGAUUCACGCAAGAAACAAUGCACGGUAUAUUUGACUUGAACUUUAAAAAAUAUAACAUAGAGCAUUGUAUCAACAACAAAUGAUAACAAUACGAAGAAAAGCUUGUGACGUCGACUGCUGUUGAUUUUCAAUUUUGUACCACCAAACGAUCGCACCGGCUACUGUAUUUCAUACAAGCAUACAGUAUUUUGUAUGGGUGAAACUCGCGCAUUGAUAAUGUGAAUUAUCUAUACCAAACACUCCGCGUACGUCAGGGUAAUUCAUUUUAGAGGCUGAAACCACUGAAUUUAUUGAUAAACAUUCGGAUGAAUGAACAUAAUGCUAGUGUGUACACCUGAUCGGUUCGGCUGAUCGAAAGCGCAAGAUAUAUCGGGUUUAUAAUCGAAUUCCAAUGCAUUCUACCUCAUCAGAGAUCUGCCACUGAGAAGCUGGGACCAGCACAUCCAAUAUUGUCAUUGUGUGAAAAGGUUGAGGCAUAAAAAUAGAUACUAUCAUUGGACAUUCCAUUGGCAUAUAUUGUCUAGAAGCUGCAUAACAUCCCUUUUCAAUUAAGGAAAUAAUCAACCGACGCUGAACCAAUAAUUUUCCGUAGCCAUGGCAACGAAACUCAUCUCAUCUACUCUCGUCCUUCUCUGCUUCGCUGCCACGUUACAUCACGCUACAGGAUGCUCGUGUGUCAAAAAUCCAGAAUUCUGCGAGUCAGACUUUGCUAUCAGAGGAACCAUUUUGGAUGUCCAGGGCAACUACACCGCCCAAGAGGAUCUGAUUUACAGCGUCAUGGUCGACGAAGUCUACAGGAACUCUUCAGAGGGCAUCUUGGUCACCGAGUCUCUGGAGAUCGAGACUGGCGGUCACACAUGUGGGGUUGGUCUCCUGGAUAUAGGCACCAUCUACCUGAUUUCAGGAUUAUAUAACGACAAUUCCGAUAAGUACUCGAUGGACAGCUGUAAUUCUGUCAUCAUUGUUUACAACGAUGCGGACGACGUCAGUGACUUGGAUCUCCCGUGUUCGGCAUCAUUGACCACCAGCAUGACAUCGUACAUCCUCGUCAUCGGUGCCUUUCUCCACUUCAUCCUUCAGUGAUUGGUGAUCGGAAGGGAUGGGGAAAACAGCGGUGUGUGACUUUUAUCUUAAAAAUUAUAAUGCAACUUGGUUGUUGGAUAUAGCCUACACAGAGGAGGUGUUGGACAGGGAUUAUGAUAAUGUCAGAAAAAUGAAAAGAGUAAA